AUGAGUUCCAUUGUGGGGACUGCGAAAUACAUGCCGCGGCUACAGUCAGACAGUGAUUGGCACCGCUGGUUCAGCAGCCUUCGCAUGAUUGCAAAUGUACACGGAGUUUGGGAAUACGUCGACCCGAAUGGAACCAAGAUGAACAUUGAACCGACACAUAACUUCGAAGACCCCGCCGGUCUAAGCGGCGAGGAGAAGGCGUCUUACAGUACCACAAUGCUUUACAGAAAAGCUAUAUACAAAGCUCAAGACCAAAAAUACAAUCGAAUUCGGAAGGCUCUUGCAGACGUCCACAUCUGGAUCCUUAGCACAAUUGCCGACAUAUAUUUCAGCCAGAUCUACAAGGCAGAGACUGUUCGAGAUGUUUUGAAAGUCCUACAAUCAGAAGUGGCACCUAGAGACUUUGGAAGGCAAAAAAUAGUACUGGAUCGUUACCACGCGCAUAUGCGAUCAAUCAAGCGGACAAACCUUGGCGAAUGGCUAUUGGUCUACAAGGAAAUCAUUGAUGAAGCAGAAUCUAUCGAAGAUCCGACCCUAUGCAACCCAGAAUUUCAGGUUGUUGACUUUAUCAAGGCCGUGUGGCAGAUCGCUCCAAGCUACGCUAUUCCUGCUUCAUUCGCUUCUGUACCGCUAAACGAAGAGGAGCCUGCGGAUCAUUUGGCGUGCAAAUCAGCUGGAAUUAAACAAGCAGAUCACUUUCGCCGCUGGGUUCGAAUUUUUAAUCCAGAUUGGCUCACUGGACCGCCAGCGAAAGCCUCCAGGUUUGGUCAAUGUUACGGGGAAGACGAAAAGGAACAUGCUGUUUCGAACAACAUUAGCAAUAACCAGCGCAGUCAUUCUUCCUUCGCGCCUAAAUGCCCGGCGUGCCCGGGUUCAAGCCAUCGAUUUGUUGACUGCAAGCACGCGAACCCUCAGAAGAGGGAUCCUUCCUACAACGAGGCUAGCAAAGAGAAUCAGAAGGCACUACAAAGACUCGAAGACUACCUUGAGAAGAAUCCCCAUUUAAGGGGUACAAUCAAACGAUUAAGGGACAAAUCAGCUCUAGCGUAA